AUGGAAAGCCUCAACCAGCAGCUGGAGCUCCUCCAGGCUCAGAAUUUGAACUUGACAGAGACUGUAAAGCAACUUGCCACCUCCAGAGGACAUAAAUGUAUUCCUUGUCCUGAGAACUGGCUACAGUAUGGGGAGAACUGCUACCACUUUUCAAAGGAAUGGAAAACUUGGCAAGAAAGCAAGGCUCAGUGCUCUGCUCUGGAGUCCAGACUUCUUAAGAUAGAGAGUAAGGAAGAGCUGGACUUAGUAAUGCGAUCGGCACAGUCUUACAGUUCUUACUCUUUCUGGAUUGGGCUGUCUCGCAACGGAGCUGGGGAGCCCUGGCUGUGGGAGGAUGGAUCAGCUUUCUCCCCUGAUCUGUUUCAGAUCCAACGAGCCAGCUCAAGUCCUUUCCUAGAUUGUGUGUGGCUUCAAGGUGCAAACAUAGACACUGCACAGUGUGGCGAGUACAAAUUUUACAUUUGUGAGAAAGUGGUGGAUCCUGCGGUGGUCGAGCAAGCGAGCUACUCGGACAGGCACUAG